AUGAGGCGCAACGUCUUGAGCUUGCUCUUGGUGCUCGCCUGUUUGGUGUGCUUGGCCCUUUGUCAAGAUUUGGAAACCGAAGAGGAGAAGCCCAACCUCCAGCGUUAUGUUCGACGGUUCCGGCCACUUGGCAUGAAGGAUUUCCGCUUCCCAAUGAUGCCCGAGGCCGCCCGCAACCAGCAGUACUGGAAUCGACGCCGAUUUGAA